AUGGACUUCCGAAGACGAUAUUUCAGACGCCUGGUGCUAUUAUUGACGGCGUUGGCUCUAGUUGUUGCUGGCUCCCGCUUGAGCUCGUUGUUUGCUAGGGAGGGCCUGGUGCACCCCAUUGACUAUCUUGAACCAGCUUUAUCACUACAAAAUCCUGAGCUCAACAAUGGUUCGUUGCAGUUGACAGUCUGGGAGAACAUCGCCAGAUUGACAAUCACACAGAGCAUUUUUCGCCAAUCAAAAGCCGCAGAACGGCGCAAGAAGCUGCUGGGUCCCUCCAAACUGCCCAGACCAGACCCAUACAACGAGGAGACCACUUACCAGAGGCUGCUGUACCAGUUUCCCUACGAUUCCAUGGACAAAAGGCCAAUUGAGCGCAACAUCUGGCAGAUGUGGAAGACCACGCUUGCCAACGAAGAUAUCCCAUAUCGCUCGUUCAUUAACGACUGGAAGAACCUCAAUCCCAACGAUAACUAUAACCUCAUUUCAGAUAAAGAGGUUUAUGAAAAGAUCAAGCUUCAUCUCUUCAGGACUGUUCCUGAGGUGGUGCAGGCCUUCGAUAUGAUGCCAGAGCCCAUUCUCCAGCACGAUCUGGGGCGGUAUCUUAUUGUGUUCCUGAAGGGCGGGGUCUAUUCCGACAUCGACACGCAGAUAACCCGGCCUAUAGACGAAUGGUAUGGGACUGAUGAUCCUAAUGUUGGGUUUAUUGUGGGAGUUGAGGAAGACAUGAAUCUCGAAGACUGGUUCCGGUACAUGCCGCGGAGACUACAGUUUGCCCAAUGGACUCUUCGGGCAAAAUCCCACCAUCCUCUGCUGGCCAGAUUGAUUGCACGAAUCGUGAAAACCACCUUUGACGCGAAAAAGAAAGACAAAUUGCGUGCUUACUACGAGUCAUUCACCGGCGUUGAUAAGUGUGAGAGCAUAGAUGUGAUGGACUGGACCGGCCCUGGUGUCUUCACGGAUGUCGUUAUGUAUUAUUUGAAUAUCCGCGAGGAUGUUCCUCAGAUGUUGGAAUUGAACCCAGAUCGCGAAAACCAGGGUGCUUUGGUGGGGCCUAAAACUGUUCCGGGGCAGAUGUUUGAUUAUAAGCUGUUCAGUGGGCUUAUGGCCCCAGUCGUGAUCGGCGAUCUGAUAGUUUAUCCUAAGCGUGCAUGGCGCUUCAGCCCUGAUGGGAUGUACGGGUACAGUAUUCAUCAUUUUGGAGGUACAUGGAAGGCGAAUGGGGAGAGCUAG